AUGAAUCUUUCAGUCCUUUGGAAAUAUGUGCUCAUGGAGUUGAUCAGCAUGGAGAUCAUGGAGAUCAUGGAGGGCAGAGUCGUGGGAGGCUAUGUACCGGCGCCACACUCCAUUAAGUACAUCGUGUCGAUACAGUCCAUCCAAGGCCAGCACUUCUGUGGAGGCUCCCUAAUAAACGAGUACUGGGUUCUGACUGCGGCGCACUGUAACAUUGGGGUGGACAAAAUGAUGAUAGUGGCAGGUGACUACUCCCUGGGCAAGUACGAAGGAACGGAGCAGUUCAUCAUCCCACAUCUCCUGAUCCCCCAUCCUCAGUACAACACACACACCAACAAUGCAGACGUCAUGCUCAUAAAGCUGAAGGCUCCGGUGUACCUCAACAGUUUUGUGAGCAUCGCCCCUCUGCCGCGGCAGGACGCCAUGCUGGCGGAGGGCAAGCUGUGCCAGGUGUCCGGGUGGGGCUUCACCAGCUCCAGCGGGGGCCAGAUCCCAUCCAAGCUGCAGACCGUCAAGCUUCCCAUCAUUUCCAGGGAGCGCUGCAACAGCAGCCAGUCUUUCGACGGGAACAUCACCAGCAACAUGAUCUGCGCCGGGUUCAGCACUGGAGGCAAGGAUGCUUGUGAGGGGGAUUCUGGAGGGCCGCUGGUCUGCGAGGGGCGUGUUUAUGGCGUGGUCUCCUGGGGGAACGGUUGUGCGGAUGCCAGGUAUCCCGGUGUCUACACUGCCGUGGCCAAGUUUCGCAAGUGGAUAGACCGUACCAUCUUCAGCUUCUACAGCAGGUGCCGCAAGCUUUAG